AUGGACCCUGCCUCCCGCGCGUCAGACUCGGGCCCUCAGGCGGUGAAGUCGGAAAACGACUCGGCAUCGCCGCAUAAUGAAGAAGCACGAACUCUAGAAGCGCGAACGCGGGACGAAGUGGAAAAUACUGAUGCAGAGACCAAUAUCAUACCGGAUCAUCGAGAAGAUGCGAUGGAUGAAGAUCCCCCAGAAGAUCCCCCGGAUGACCCUCCACAGUCUGAAGAUACAGCAACCCCCGUGGACUUGACCGGCGCGUUGGAAAAGCAAGCUCAGCGGGGCGAUACGAAUAGCCUACCCCAACCUCAUAGUGCACCCGAUGAUAUCACCGACAGCGAGCCAAGACCCCCGGGUGGAAGUCCUAGCGAUAGUCUAUUCGAUAACCCGCCGAACCUAUCGAAAAUCCGCAGGCUCCUUUUUGAGUGCAAUGAUCCGAUCGAGAUUACACAAGAGGAGUUUGAUAUCUACUGGCCAUUCAUUGACAAUGUCUGGGUCAAACAGAGAUCAAACGCCAGCAAAGAAGGACUCUGCACUACUGACUAUUAUAUGUGUCGACUACGGCGCCCUACGCACCGCCCAUCGGAGACCCGGCCACCAUUACCAGAGGGCAAGCGUCCUCGAAAGAAACGCUCGCGAGAAGGAGGCACAUGCAAUUUCCAAAUCAAAGUCAUUCGAUUUGAGGGUGCUUACUCAGCCGUCACUAUAUCGAAGACGCCAGGAAGCGAUACAGCUCACACCCAUGAUCUCGACCAUAGCGAUCGCGUGAAACGUAACUCCGGGGUCAUGGAAUUUGUACGGAAGGAGUCAGUGAAAGGUUAUCUGCCCUCUUCAAUAUACGCCAAGUUCAGAGAAGAGCCGGCGAAGCUCCAAGAAGCUGGAGGCCGCUCUCUCACGGUGACCGAUGUGCGCAAUGUCGCGGCCAAAUGGCGCAUACAAAACCCAGAAGUCCAACUCGUCCCGCAUGAAGGAUACGAGUACCAGAAAGGCCAAGGCAUUAUCAAGUCUGGAACAAGUAAUGGUACCAAUGGAAACUCGCAAUUGCAGCCACAGUCGCUCUCUGCUCUAUCAGAAUCAUCACCUCAGUUACCGCCAGAUACGUUGGCCUUCCCCCAAUUCUCCCUGGAAUUCCUUGAGCCAUAUCUACCUACUUUGCCUACCCAUCACUCCGAAAAAUGCGAAUUCCCCCAUGUCACAUUAUCAUAUGCAUCAUCAAUGGAUUCGAAGAUCUCUCUUCGAGCUGGGAUGCAGACUGUGCUUUCUGGACCCGAGGCGAAGGUGAUGACCCAUUAUCUUCGAUCGCGUCACGAUGCAAUACUCAUAGGAGUAGGGACCGUGUUAGCAGACAACCCAGGUUUAAAUUGUCGCCUCGAAGGUGCUGGAGGCUUCGGAGGUCUGGGAAGAAUGUGGCAACCACGUCCGGUAGUUCUUGAUCCUACAGGACGAUGGGCCAUUCGCCCAGAUGACCGGAUGCUCCGCACUGCCGUUGAAGGCAAAGGGAGGGCCCCAUGGGUGGUAGUCUCUCCGGGAGCUCCAAUCAAUCCUGAUCGACUUAUGAUGCUGAAAGGUUAUGGAGGUGACUUCUUGCGAAUCAUGGAGUACAAUCGGAACUGGCGCUUGCGCUGGGAAGCCAUCCUUCGGACUCUGGCAUCUGAGGGGAUCAAGAGUGUCAUGAUUGAAGGGGGUGGGACUGUUCUGAAUGAGCUUUUGAAUCCCGAGUAUACCAACUUCAUCGACUCAAUCGUCGUGACAGUAGCUCCCACCUACCUUGGCCAUGGGGGCGUUGGGGUUAGCCCUGAGUCUAAACUAGAUACCCAUGGCAACCCCAAUGCUGCCUUAAACCCACGUGAUGUCAAAUGGACACCAUUAGGGCAAAAUGUCAUCAUGUGUGGUAAAAUCCGCCAACCGGGCACCAGACCUCGUGUUUUCCUUUGA